GAAACGUAACAGGCGGGCUUUCUGUCCGGCUCGCUUUUGCCAGCAUCGUCGUAUCGCUAACGCUAUUUGGUUUGUCGGCAGCCAGCUACAGCAACCUCUCUGGCCGAUGCCUAUCAUCGAAUCUAUCUCGACAAUCAAAUGAAUGUGAGCGUGAUACCAUAUGUGAAGAGAUGUGAUUAGAACAGGCGCAAGUGUCCCCGCUUGUGGCCGCCCACCCAUAGCUAACCUAACAGAAGUGGCUGGCGUGACGAAACACGGCCUCAGUUAUACUUUUUGCUGUGGGUGUUUAGGUAAAGUCAGGAACAAAGAAACAGUCGCAUUACCAAUACCCCUACGAUUACCACUAAUCGGAUAUCGCAUCUUUGAUGAUCGACGUCUGGAUAGCCUUACACAGCAUAUGGAUGGUAGACCCGAGGUGAGGACGGCUUCUACUAAAGAACCACCAUAACCCUGCUUCCUUGUUCCGCCCUCAGUUCUCAAUGGCUACGGGAACCCUGGAGCAUACCGUCUCCAUCGGAGGCAUGACGUGUAAGUCAUGCGUGAAUAAUAUUCAAUUUACCAUCGGGGAACGGGCAGAAGUCCACUCGAUCAAGGUGUUUCUGGAAGCGGGUCAAGGUGUAGUCGUGACUUCAGCGAACACAGCCCCUCAAACUCUCGUCGAUGCCAUUGACGACAUGGGCUUCGAGGCAACUUAUCUUUUCAGUACUGCCGUUAUUCGCGUCGACGGAAUGACCUGCCAGUCUUGCGUCAAUAACAUACAGAAUACACUGAAUGCCGUGGAGGGCAUCCGAUCAAUUCGCGUUACCUUGCAGGAGUCCAAAGGCAUUGUCGAGUUUGAUGUCAGGCUAAUACCGAUUGAAGGAAUUGUUGAACGUGUUCAGAAUCUAGGAUUCCUACCUCGGUUUCCCUACGUUGGCAAUUCGACAAUGACGGAGCUUGAUGUCGAUACGGAUUUUGACAAAUUAGCGAAGAGGCAUUACAGUUUCGCCGAAUGUGGCGCUGGAGAUGGCAGCGCUAGUACAUUGGACGCUGGCGGCUGGGCAGAUACUGCAAGUGAUUCGAAUACGAUGCUAGAGGUCGACAAGAUUCUAAACACAAUCCCACCCCAACUGCUUAAUAUCGAAAAAUCUAAUGACUGCACCGUGAUUGAUCUUAGUGAGAAUUCAGAUCUGAGCAAUACAAUGAGUAAAUGCACCUUACGGGUCACUGGAAUGACUUGCGCAAGCUGUGUGGCAGCCAUCGAGAAAGGUCUAAGCAAGCGUCCAGGUGUCAAAAGCGUCCUCGUGGCUUUGUUGGCCCAGAAGGCGGAGGUGAAGUUUGAAAAGGCUUUGAUAACACCGCAUGAGAUCAUCUCCGCCCUCGCUGACCUCGGCUUUGGCGCCGAAGAGCUCAACUCGAGCGCCGAAGCUUACGGCGAGUGUCAGCUAAGGAUUGAUGGUAUGGCGACCUUGGCAGACUCUAACCACAUCGAGGCGCACCUUUCACGACUGAAGGGUGUGCUUUCAGUGAAGGUGGAAUUUGCCCAGAAGAGGGCAACCUUCAAAAUCGAUGCCGAGCUCACCGGUAUUCGCACGCUGUACAACCACAUUAGCAAAUUAGGCUAUUUCCCUUCACCAAUCGAUUUCCAGUCGGACUACUUACUCAAAACUAGCGAAGUAAACCAUUGGCGGAGCUCUUGCUUAUUGUCGCUUGUCUUCUUUGUUCCUUCAAUGACGAUUAUGAUGUUAUUUAUGUCGCACAAAAACUGGGAAAUGGUAUGGUUUCCUGGCGUGUCCAACAAGAACUUUCUACUAUUUGCAUUAGCCACGCCCGCACAAUUCAUCGGUGGCCGUUAUUUCUAUGUGCAGGCGUAUAAGGCACUUAAACAUGGUAUGGCGAACAUGGACGUGCUUGUUAUGCUGGCUACAAACACGGCCUAUUUCUACAGCAUCGGCGUGUGUUUAAUAUUCAUGGUUACAGGAACCCACCGAAGUCCAAAAACGUUCUUCGAAACUCCACCGAUGCUAAUGCUAUUUAUUUCGUUUGGGCGGUGGCUGGAACAAAAAGCGAAGGGCAAGACAUCGGAAGCGCUUUCGAAGUUGAUCUCGAUGCAGUCCUCGGAAGCGGUACUUGCCGAAGUAGACCCAGACUUCACGAUUCGAGAGGAACGCUCGGUUCAUGUUGGACUUCUCGAACGAGGAGACAUUAUCAAGGUGUACCCAGGUGAAAAGAUUCCCGUCGACGGGAAGGUUCUGCACGGCAGUUCAAUGGUAGAUGAGUCUCUAAUAACAGGAGAACAUCUGCCUGUUCUGAAAAAAUCUGAUUCAUUAGCCAUUGCCGGUUCUGUUAAUGGGCGUGGUACUCUUCUUUUGAAGGCAACACACGUUGGACACGAAACGACAUUGAGACAGAUUGUCCGGCUAGUGGAGGACGCCCAAACGUCAAAGGCCCCGAUCCAGCAACUGGCCGACCAGUUGGCAGGUUAUUUCGUACCUGGCGUGUGUGUCAUCUCGGCGGUUACUCUGGUUGUCUGGACUGUGCUUGGCAUGAGUGAUCCCGGUUAUGUUCGGGCACUCUAUAUGCGCAUGGAUAUUUCCUCAGACACAGAAGUCGUUGUGCUCUUUGCGUUCCAAUGCGCAAUUACGGUCCUAGCUAUUGCGUGUCCCUGCUCGUUGGGCCUGGCCACACCGACCGCCGUGAUGGUCGGUACUGGAGUAGGCGCUCGGAAUGGCAUUCUCAUUAAGGGCGGACAACCUCUGGAGCUUCUACAUAAGAUUCGCUGUAUCGUGUUCGAUAAGACGGGCACUUUAACGGAGGGACGUCCAUCUGUGACACGCCUGGUUGUGUUCAGCUCGAAAGAGCGAAAACGUGCUAUUCAAGAAACGCUCUGUCUCGUGGGGGGAGCAGAGACUGCCAGCGAGCACCCGAUAGCCGGUGCGAUUACCGAAUUUGCUAAGAGUUACCUGAAGGUGCAAUCGUUCCCAACCGUGAGUGAUUUUGAAGCCUUUCCCGGUCAAGGGAUCCGUUGUCAGGUAAAAGAAGUGUCAGGCUUCGCGAAGCUAUGCGGUGAAGAUGCUGAGCUGGAUAAUAUUAUCGAAGUUUUACCUGUAUCGAGACGCCAGGAGAACGACUCUGCUUUGGUAGACAUCGGCAGCUCAGACGCCGCCCCAGGUGAUCCAGCUUCAACGGAAACUAUGUAUCACACGAUCGUGCUCGGUACUCGGGCAUUCUUGGUUGCUGAAGGUGCUCAGAUCACAAAGGACAUCGACCGUGAGGUCGAACGGGCUCAGCUGUCAGGAGACACGAUUGUUCUGGUUGCCAAAGGUGGCGAAGUUGUAUGCCUAGUAGCUGUGGCUGAUAAGAUAAAACCAGAAUCGAAAUCUGUAGUUUCGUGCCUGAAAAGAAUGGGCAUCCAUGUCGCUAUGCUUACUGGCGAUAACCGAAAUUCGGCGCUGGCCGUAGCACAGCGCAUUGGCGUCGACACCGUAUUUAGUGAAGUGCUCCCUUCACAGAAAGUUGCAAAAGUGAAAAGUUUACGGGAACAGUUCGGUCUCGUAGCUAUGGUAGGCGAUGGAAUCAAUGAUAGCCCGGCCCUUGCCCAUGCCGAUGUCGGUGUGGCCCUCGGAGCCGGUACCGAUGUCGCCGUUGAAGCUGCACAUGUUGUUCUAAUCCAGGACAAUUUAUUGGACGUAUUAACGGCUUUGGACUUAUCUCGAACAACGGUACGACGAAUCAAGCUCAAUUUUGUGUUUGCCUGCCUCUACAAUAUGCUCGGCGUUCCAAUGGCCGCAGGGCUCUUCAUUCCAUUCGGAAUUGUUCUGAAACCCUGGAUGGGGUCAUUUGCCAUGAGCGUCUCAUCAGUUACUGUGGUUGGGUCUUCGCUCUUCCUAAAGCGUUAUAAGCAAUUGUGUGUCAAAAUUAGCUCAGGCUUUAAAGAGGCUAAAAAGAUGACAAACAAGGAGCUAGUAAUCGAUAUUACAACGAUUCGAAAGGCCUCUUCCGAAGACGUGAAGAAAUUUCGCGAAGCAAUCAACAACCUCGUCAACGAAGAUCCAUCCUUCAUUCACCCACUUGAUUUCCGUCGUGUCCAAGAAGAUUUGCAUUUUUGCAAACGGUACAUCUUUGCUGGUAAAGGCGAUCUUAAUAGAUCUGUGGAAAUUGCCAAAUACUCACUUGAAUGGAGGAAGUCUUUUGGUGUAAAUGAUUUCGACGAAAAAAGCCCAGAGGGAGGCUUUGCGCUGCGACACCUCGAGGGCCAAUCAAUUUUUCCAUAUGGAAAGACGAAGAGCGGAGCACAUGUUUUGAUAUUUCGGUGUCGGCACCACUUCAAACCCAAAAACGCUCAGGAGAGACUGGAACAUCAGAAAUUGAUAACACACAUCGUCGAACUUAUGGUUAUCGAGCGCGGCGUCAAAAGACUGGUCUUUAUGUUCGAUUGCCAAGCGGCCGGAGUCAGCAACACGGACAUCGAAGGUAUUAAGUAUAUCAUUACGAUCUUCAAGGAUUAUUAUCCCUACGUUCUAGAAAGGAUCUACGUUGUUGAGAUGCCUUGGAUUCUGAGCGCGACAUGGAAAAUCAUUAAGUCGUUGCUGCCCCCUGAGGCCCAGAAAAUAAUUACGUUCAGAACGAAGAGGGAGCUGCUCCAAGAGAUUGAUGCAUCUAAUUUGCCAAAAUGGCUCGGUGGAGAGAACGACUACGACUACGUCUAUGUACCUGGAAAAACGUUGGGCGAGUUUUGUCCUCCGGUAGAGUAGGCUGCAUCGUACAACGAAAAAAACUAGUUGCCUUCACGAUUAUAUAUGAUCAGUUAGAUUGUAUGGACGGAACGAAAUUUCGAAAACAGCGACCGGGAAGUGUCAUACCAGCCAACGAGCAAAAACACAGUUAUCUCUUCUAAGGUUUCGUCAUUUUGAUACGAUAUGAUCAUAUUGAAACUGUAAUAAUAUUCACUAUUGACUAAUAACGAAUAUGGUCCAAGUUAUUCUACGACCGUAUUAAAUAAAAAACACUCAAAAAUGAUUGAAA